GUGUUUUCGUUACCAGGUUUCGGCAAACUACCAUUCCUUUUUGUAAUGCCAAAAGGUGUAUAAUUUUUGGGCACUUUUCUUUUCACUUUGCUGUUCUCAACCUGAAUUGCGCAUACCCAGUCUUCUUGGAUCUGCUAUUGGGUUAUCAUAAUUUUCUCACUCGUAAAUGGCUGAAUCACUAACAAACCCCAAUGGCGGAACUAAAUUGUCUGGUGUCACCCAUCAUACAAUCUCCCACGAGCAUUGUGUAAUGCUUGCCACUCCAGUUGUUACCUGAUAUACUUGCCUUCCAGAUGUUUGAUUAAGUUCCUGCCUGAAUUGAUUUUGUUAUAAUCAAACAUUAGUUUAUGAUGUCCUGUGAAUUUGUCGAGACUCACUUUAGCAGUUCAUUCAUAUAUACUUGUUGCUGUAAACCUUUUUAACUGGUUUCUCCAGAAAAGAAAAAUUAUUGUUCAUAUUGGCUCUUCCUGCCCUCUUUCACAGUUAAGGUUCGACCACUGGGAAUUACUUCCUUCCGAGUCAGAGCAGCAAAUUUUCAGAAAAGACCAAUUUCUGCCAGUCCAAUUCCUUGUCCUUUACCUACUCGUCGCAAGAUUUGUAUAGCAUUUAUAUUCAUGUUUAAGGGGACAGAAGUGGAAUUUUCUCUUCUUAAGCAUCAAGUUUCAUGCAAACUCAACGAUGCGGGAAAUGAUUCAUGUUCCUCAAAGGAGCAUGGAAAGAGUCAACCUUUGGUUAAGAUGUGUGGCAUUACAUCAGCUAAAGAUGCUGCAAUGGCAGCUGAAGCUGGUGCAAAUUUAAUUGGAAUGAUCAUCUGGCCUAACUCAAAACGUUCUGUUUCACUUUCGGUUGCAAAGGAGAUAUCGAAGGUUGCAAGAGAUCAUGGGGCAGAGCCUGUGGGUGUAUUUGUGGAUGAUGAUUCAGAAACAAUUCUAAGAGCUUCUGAUGCGUCAAACCUUGAAUUUGUACAGCUUCAUGGACACGGUUCUCGGUUAGCUUUCCCAUCUUUAAUUCAGGAAAAUCGUGUAAUAUAUGUUCUCCAUGCAAAGGACGAUGGGAGUCUUUUGAACACUAUUUCUGAGGAAGAGUGUUCUCUAGUUGAUUGGGUCCUUGUUGAUAGUGCACAAGGUGGCAGUGGAAAAGCAUUCGAGUGGGCCCGGUUAAAACUACCAAAAAUUAAAAGCAAGUACGGGUGGCUCUUGGCCGGUGGGAUCAAUCCUGAAAAUGUUUCAGAGGCUCUAUCUACUCUCAAGCCUGAAGGGGUGGAUGUCAGCAGUGGCAUUUGUGCAUCAGAUGGCAUCCGUAAAGAUCAAUUAAGAAUAGUUUCUUUCAUGAAUGCAGUAAAUUCUUUUGAGUGUUGAUUUUCCAACCUAUUAUGAGUCUCUAGAAAAGAAGUAUUGUUAUUUGGAAAUAUCCUUCUGAUGUCUCGUUGCAAAUUUGUUUUCAAAUCCAAUUGUAUCCCUGAAGUUUUUAGUUGGGUUAGCACGACAAUAUUGUAAUGCGGGGUGAGAUAUAUGUACAAUCUUUAUUUAAUUA